AUGAAUGGUGCAUUUGGUGCACUAGACGGGACACUCAUACAUGCAGUCGUGCCUGCUAGUCAUCAAACUGCAUAUAGAGGAAGAGGAGGUGGUCGAUGCUACCAAAAUGUUCUAGCAAUUUGUGAUUUCAAUAUGAUGUUCACAUUUGUUUGGGCCGGAUGGGAAAGCAUUGCACAUGAUUCUAGAGUGCUAACCGAAGUUGCAUUUAACCCAAAUUCUGGUUUUCCUUUUCCACCUGAAGAUAAAUAUUAUAUUUGUGAUGCUGCAUAUUCCAACGCUCAUGGAUUUUUAGCUCCGUAUCGUAACACGAGGUAUUGGUUAGCAGAUUAUCGAUGCAGACGUGUUUUAACUAAAGAAGAAAAAUUCAAUCAUGCGCAUGCACAACUUCGAAAUGUCAUUGAGCGUGCUUACGGUGUCUUAAAAGCUAGAUUCCCAAUCUUGAAGCAAUUGGCUUCUUUUCCAUUUACAAAACAAAGAAAUGUGGUCAUUGCUUGCUUCGCGAUACACAACUUUAUAAGAAAAUGUAAUAUUCAAGAUCAACUUUUCAUGGAGUACAACGAAGGCACCAUUUUCACCAAUGAAGAAGAACAUGUUGGAGGUGGAGAAACGAAACUAGAUGGAUCACAAUGGGGUGCUAAUAGUACAAAUUAUAUGGCUACUUUGCGUGAUCAAAUUGCAAAUGGACUAGUUUCAAAUGUUUGA